AUGGAGGAAGCCAAGGUUGAACCGGUUAAGGAGGGAGAAGAAGCGACAGCCGCACCACCACCACCACAAGACCAAGGGGUGGAAGAAGUAGCCGUAGCAGCUGCAGAAACAGUAGCAGCUGCAGUAGCUAAUGCUCCUGAUACCAGUACCACCACCAUGAAAGAGGACACCCCCGAGGAGCAAAAAGAGGAGACUACCCCUACCCCAACCACCACCAUGAAAGAUGAGAUACCCGAAGAACCAAAAGAAGAGAUACCCGAGGAAAAUCCACCAAAGAAAGAAGAUAACGAGGAGGAGGACGAAGGAGAAGAGGAAAAGUUGGUGCGACUACAAGAAGAAUCGAUUCAGUUGCAACAAGACAAGAUUAGUCUUCAGGAAGAUCGUUUGAAAUUAUUGGAAGAGAAAUUGGAACUGCGUCGCGAGAAAAACUCACUGCUGGCCGAACAACGCACUCUCGAAGCGCAGACUAAAAAACGCAAACGCCAAGACGACGAACACGAAAUUGCGGCACUCCAACAACGAGUUGCGGCACAAGAAGUCGAGUUGGCGGCUCAAACAGCACUACUCCAACAAAACGAUGCCAAAUUACAGGCGAUACUGGCACAACAGCAACAACAACCAGCACCACCCGAAGCCGCGGCUGCUGUAGCGGCCGCCGUGGCCGCCAUGGAUCCCAUUGUCGUCGUUCAACCACACAUUCUCGAACCAGCCGUCGUGGUCGAUCAAGCCGUCGUAGAACCAGUGGUAGUAGUGGAUCCACAACAAGUACAACAAGCGCAACCACCACCUCCUCCCAUGGACCCCAAUAUCAUUCAUUUUGGAAUUUGA